UGAACCGGAAGUGUGCUUUCCAAACAUUAUUUCCUCUCGUCGGCGUAAAAUAGCGUGCGGUCCCGAUAAAAUUUUCCGGACAAAGAAUAAAAUUUUUACAUUUUUGGACACAUAUUACUUUUGAAAAAGGAAAACAAUGUGAAUAAAAACAUGUAAAUUAUUUGUACCUCCUGAAAUAAUGAUGUAAAAUCUGUGUUUUGAAACUUUGUAACAAUGCACAAAUUGUGGUGUUGGUUGAUUUUUGGCGUCGCUUUGAGCGAAGUAUUGUCGUUGCGGCUGGAACGUUCGGUCACCCUCAGCACAACCCCAACCCCCGACGACGACGAUGACGAAUGGGACGACGAUGAUUCGUCAGAAAUCGAAGAUGACGGCAAGAUUUAUAAGAAUCCAAGGAACUCGCCUUCGACGCUAUGCCCCCGAGACGACGCCCAAGCCACCCAACUGGGACAUAGAUGUCUGCGAAAGUGCUCCUCGGACGAAGACUGCAAGAGCAAGAAGAAGAAGUGCCUUUGUGAUGGAGCUUGUGGGAUGUCGUGCAUCAAACCGGAUAGGGAAUGUCCAGAACCUGAACAGAUCCCUUUUGGUAGUGUAGCACACACAGAAAGAGUCUUCGGAUCCAAAGCGACCUAUUCAUGUCAACACGGUUAUCAUGUUGUCGGGUUACAAAGUCGAACGUGUCAAGCCGACGGGAAGUGGGCUGGAUCGGCGCCUGUUUGCAAGCAAAAUAUUUACUGCUUGUCGCCUCCCACAAUCGAUCACGCUCGUCACAAUGCCCUUCCGGAACAAACCACCUUUGAUCUCGAUUCAACUCUUCAGUACUACUGUCACACCGGCUACGUAACCAAUGGGUUUCCUAGAGCGAAAUGUUUGGCUAUCGACGGACAAGCCUCCUGGUAUGGUCCGGACAUAUCCUGCGAACCAAAUUCCUGCGGCGCUCCAACUGACAUAUCUCACGGCUGGCAUGCGGGUGAAUGUUACACAUACGGAUGUCGAAUAACUUACCACUGUGCCGAAGGUUACGAACUUGUCGGAAAAAAUGAGCGUUUCUGCCAAGCUGACGGCACCUGGACCCCGAAGGAAUUGCCUACUUGUGUUCUUGUUACAGCGGUGCAGUGUAGCCCACCAGAAAACCCCCGACAUGGCAAAGCAAUUUACACGUCUUGCAGUUACAACUCUGUUGUCAGCUAUGAGUGCAAGUAUGGGUACACCCUUCAGGGGGAAAGCAGCAGGAGGUGUGGAGCAGAUAGGAAAUGGUCUGGCACUCAACCUAUCUGCAAAGAGAUUAACUGUGGACACCCUGGACGUCUGUGGAACGGUUGGCUGGAAAAUAUCGAGGGUGGUACCGGUUUGGGUGCUUCCAUAAUUUUCCGGUGCCAUGAAGGAAUGUUACUUGUGGGCAACACUUCGACAGUCUGUCAAAGCGACGGAAAAUGGAGAUAUCCUCUACCAAAAUGUUUGGCUCCGUGUGUGGUACCUCAUGUGUCCCAAGGGCGGGUGAUUUUGGUUUCGAAAAACGAUACAGCGCCUACGUCUACUGUGGUUCAGCAUGGAGAAGCAUUAGAAGUGAAUUGUGAGUAUCAGUACGAGUUUUUGGCAAGUACGUCGGCAGUGACUUGCAAUAAUGGUACUUGGACGCAUAUUCCGAAAUGUGAACCAGCCAGAUGUAAACAUUUGCCGAAACCACCUAAAAAUGGAAUGGUAAUCGCUCCCAAGAUGAACCAUAAUAUGAAGGCUAGGUUCAAGUGUAAAGAUGGGUUCCAAAUCAAGGGACAUCCCCUAAUUGAGUGCUCUUUUGGUAACUGGACGGGAGAAAUACCCAAAUGUGAAGAAGUUUAUUGUCCAUAUCCUGGGUCGGUUUCUAAUGGUAAAAUUCUACUGGUCGGUAAUAUGGGUCUUUACGAUUAUCGCCCAUACGUCCGAAAAGUCACAAACAAUAAACAAAUUAUGUAUGAUUGUGACAAGGGCUACGUUUUAGCUGAGGGCCCUCCCGGAGCGACGUGUAUAGGAGGCAUGUGGAGUCCUUCACAACUACCAAAAUGUGUUCUCGGACAACAUCCCAGAUUACGGUGGAAUCGUCGAAGAAGAUCAAUUGUGAUGGAAAAAUACAAAAGAGCUUUCAUACGCCACCAUAAACUUAUCUACGAACAACGUGAAAAACGAUACGUCCAUAAUUACUUGGAUAAUUUAAAAGACCAGCGUCGAUUAGAGGCGAAAAAGCGCUUCAAACGGGCACUCAAAGGUGGGAGCAGCAGUCGAGCUUUUGGAACGUCGCAUAAAAGCUCCAAUUCGCAAAUAAGUUUAAGAAGAGGCAACAAAAAGAAUUAUAAUUAUUACGAAGAGGAAAAACAAGAAGAAAUUAAGAAACCCAAACACAAAGUACGCGGACCUUGUGAACCUCUCUCCAGUGAACCAUACGUUAAUGUCGAGAUUGUCAAACAUGGAAGAGACCCAAAUGUGUCUUUCAGUUCGGGAACUAUCGUUAAAAUGGCUUGUGGAAAAGGUUAUGGGUUAAACAUGCCCGAAAAUAAAACAGCUAAAUGCGUUCGGGGACGGUGGAGACCAACUAGACCCACUUGUUCCAUAUUGCCAUGCUUUGUUCCAAGUAUUGAAAACGGCGUUUUCAAACUGUCCAAAGCCGAAUUUUUCUUAAAUGUUACAAUCGAUAUAGAUGAACCUCUCAAUGAAACUAUUGAAAUCGGUAAUGGCCAAGUGGUCGAAUUCGGUUGUGUCGAAGGGUAUAACAUCCAGGGUCCCAGUAAUUUGCGAUGUUGGCACGGAGACUGGACUGUGACCAGUUUUCCGGAGUGUACAGCUUCCCCUUGUCAAUUACCUCAAAUUACCAAUGGGCAAUAUUUGAUGGGUUACAGGGCGGGUCUAACCAUUGCUAAUGGGUCAAGCGUAAAUUUCCAAUGUGACAGCGACUACAGCAAGUCAACAGCUCAACCCAUUCAAUGCAUUUUAGGCGAACUAUACCCAAAAAGUCCUUCCUGCAGACCUGAAGAAGGAGUAGAUGUGAAUAGUAAAGUCAUAGAUUCGCCUCAUUUUAUCGGAGGAGCGGAUAUCAUCAAGGGUGGUGAUAUAACAGUUCUGCAAUACGGAUCGCCGUCUAAAGCAUGUGGUCCUCCUGCAAAAGUUCAAGGUUCAUUGGUUUACAAAAAUGGAGAACCGAUAGUAGACGAUGAGAAUAAUUUUCCAGACGGAACUGAAGUUACUUUUAAUUGUAUUGAAACCAUAAUGGGUGAAAAAACCACGUGGAAAAUUGUAUGUGAGGAUGGUAGUUGGAUUGGUCGAUCUCUAAACUGCGAUACCGAAGAAUUAAUGGCAUCCCAAAUAGUUUACAACAACAACACUUGUAUUUUUAGAAAUCAAGAACCUAAUGUGAUUUCGUUCUACAAUGACCAACAAAUUCGUGAAGAAGUUGUUGAAUUUCCUGCUGGUGCUGUUCUUGUUAGUAGAUGUGUAGAUAUAGGAAAGUAUUCAAUGACAGGAUCCAACACAAGAAGAUGUUUAGGAGGGGAGUGGGAUGGUACCAAACCUGCUUGUUUUGGAUUGAACCAGGAAAACGACUAUUCUAUGGAGAAGCCUCCUACAAUUUUAUUUAGACAUCAGUUAGGCCCUAUUGCCCAGUCUAAUGAUGGCAAAUUAAUUGUAUAUCCUGGAACAAUUUUACACAUGGAAUGUCUCUGGAUUAGAAGAUUUGGAAAUCCCAAGUGGACCGUUAGCCACGAUUAUAGAAAAUAUCCUGAAGGAUGGACCACUGACCCAGGCCGAGACUCCCAAUUAGAAUAUCGUCUUUCUAUCUUCCAUGCGUCUAAAGACGAUUCCGGACUUUUUACUUGUUUCACUCCCGCCAGAUACUCCCAUUCUAUAGAAAUAGAAGUGAAAGCUGUCCAUUGCCCAAUUGUCCCCCAACGACGCGGCUUAACUGUCAACACUCAAAGCACAAAAAUGAACACCCAUUUGAAAUUCUCCUGCGUAAACGGCAACGCUCUUAUUGGUGCAUCAGAAAUAACGUGUCUUCCUUCCGGUAACUGGAGUGCUCCAUUUCCGGUCUGUGAAAGUAUCGAGUGCGGGGAGGUGGGAGGUGUGUUGCCACCUCGCCUUCGUGUUCUGGUCGUUUCUAGAGAGGUUGGGGGCCGUGCUGUGUUUAGCUGCGAGCCCGGAUUUGGGCUCAGAGGCCCCCAGGAAACCGUGUGUCAACCAAACGGAGAUUGGGCUACACCAUUCCCAACGUGCGAAGAAGUUCAGUGCGACAAUCCCGGUAGUCCGGAAAAUGGUUACAUGCAAGGCAGUGGGCCUUUUAAAGCAGGAGACGUGGUGCAGUUCAAUUGCAAUCCCGAUUUUAUGAUGGAAGGGCAGCCUAUUAUAGCGUGUCAGGAUAAUUCGAGAUGGUCGGGGAAAUUACCUAAAUGUGUGCAAGCUUGCUCGUAUCCAGGAACGACCAUCAGUGGAAAAAUGUCUUCAGUUAAGUUCUAUUAUAAAAUAGGAGAGAAUAUAACCUUUACUUGUGACGAAGGACUGACUUUGAAGGGAGCUGCAAUGUUAAAAUGUUUGAAGAAUGGAAAGUGGUCGAAUGCAAUUCCCACUUGUGUGACGGAAAAUAACACACCCGAAAAUGACUAAACUCUCAUUGCUUUUAUGAAAUUGACUGAAUCUUUUACAACAACUUAAAAUUAAUGUGAUAUCAUUGUUUAAGUUUUAGUCCAAAAGAAAAGAAUAAAGGGAUAAGUAUCAUCCUUGUCAACUGUUAACAUAUUAAGACAUAUCCAUUAAAUGUACGUAAAUUUUAUAGAAACAUAGAAAUUUUUUAUAAUUCGAUAAUGUUUAAUAUAAAAGUAUAUAAAAUAUGUUAAAUGUAAACCUGACAAUGAUUACAUAUGAAAUUUGUGCAAAUAACAAGUAAUUAUAUCACUUAAGAUACAUAAUCAUUAGAUCGCUUGUAAGAAUAUAACUAUUACACAUAAUAAUAAAGCAUUAGUAAACUACCUACUAUUUGCGCAGAAACACUCUCAUCUCUACUAGUGCAAUAAUAUUUUAUUUUGUAACAAAUGUAUUAUAAAAAUUAAAAUAAAAUUUAGGUUAGUUAUAA